AUGAUUUAUAAGAAGUGGACAAAUGCCGUUGGACUAUCUCGCAACGAUCAGGUAAACAUCAUCAAUUUCGUCUACGAGCAGAAGCUCUGCUUCAUAAGUAAGUACGCAUAAGU